AUGGACGCUAUGCUGGCUCUUGCUGGAUCUCAUCUUGCCGUUCAAGUUGAAAAUCCACAGACUGCUCUCGCAGUGCAACAUCGACAAAAGGCCAUCGUUGGCCUCGAGGACGCCUUCGCUAAUUGGCCCCCGACGGCUGAGGAAUCGUAUAUCAUGUUAGCAACCUCUUACCUGCUGUGCUUCCAGUCAAGCUACAUAAGUGACGGCUUUCUCGAACACUUUUUAUCUUUGCGGGGAUGCUCAUUCCUCUCUCAGCUUAUCAUAGACGAAGGUUUCAGCAGCCCUUUCUCCACACAGAAAGGCUUGAGCAUGAUAGCCAUGGACACAGCAUUUACCAAGUUUCCUGAAGUCGACCAGGAACUUUUGCAACAGGCUCUACUGUCUUUGAAAGCCCUUUCUAGUGCAAUGACUGGAACUGGUGUACAUCCCAUCGAGAAGGCCAUUGUCGGCCAGCUCGCCGAAACACUUCGACUCCUGCUGCAUUCAGACCUGGAAAAAGAAACUGACGAACUUCCAAAACCUCGUGACUCGAUGUUGGAUCUCUUCCCGUUCGCCAACCCGAUCUUACCACAAGGAUUCGGGCUCGCGUUUGACAGCAUCGACUGGGAAAACGUUACGAAUCCAACCCCUGGCGCUCCAUACCCCCUUCGGUCUUUUGCAGCUAUGAUGGUCAUCCUUACGAUCUUCUCAACCUGGCCACACGAAGCACUCAUGCGCAUGUUUGACCGUACAAAUCAGCUCGGCAACGUCAUCAUGGCCCAUUUUUGCGCCGUGCGAUUUGUCCUGUCGUCACUAGCUGCUCCAAAAAUGGCUUUGAAUACCCCUACAAGGGCGACUGUUCAGUGGAAUGCCUUGAUCAUAUCAGCUGUAGACGACGAUAAGAGUGGAGAAUGGACAAAGGAAACACUCCAACGGUUACCAGAAAUAGCAACACCCACCACCUUCGCCAUGCUGGAAGCUCUUGUGAUGGCCAUCUUGAGGUUUCUGGCUCGCAUCCUACUACUAUUCAUCAACACCUGGACUCUCAUCACCAAUCUACCUGCAAGAUGCACACGCCUUGUACUAGCACUUCUUGCUUUCGAACCAAUCGCCUGGCUCGGUUCGGCGAUAGCGCUUGCCCUAUUUAUGGUGGUUCGCAAUGGUUACCGGAUGAUACUGGAGACCGCGAAGCUCCUCGCACUCAGAGAGGAGCUCGAGGCUGAACUCGAGAUCAAUCGGGUGCGCGCGGGUACUUACGACGAAGGAACUGUUGUCCAAGGUAUCCACAUCAUUGCAGCGGACAAGUGGGACAUGGUCAUCUGUGGAAUGGAGAUUGUAGGUGGGCGUCGGGAUGGGCAUUAUUGGGCUCGCGUACGUGGAGCUGAUGAGUGGAUCAAGUUCGGAAGUCAGCUCGUCAUCAACGGCAAUGAUGUUACUGAAGAGGUGGUAAAGUCAGGUGGACAUGUGGAUUUCCGAUGGCCAGAGACAGAGACACCACCAGAGUACAGACACCUCAUAGAAUAG